AUGUCAUGGCGCCCGCAGUACCGCAGCUCCAAGUUCAGGAACGUGUAUGGGAAGGCAGCGAGCAGAGAGCACUGCUUCGAUGGCAUUCCCAUCACCAAGAACGUCCACGACAAUCACUUCUGUGCCGUCAACGCGCGGUUCCUUGCCAUUGUCACCGAGAGCGCCGGCGGCGGCUCCUUCCUCGUCAUCCCCCUCGAGCAGACAGGCAGAAUCGAACCAAAUUACCCCAAAGUCUGUGGCCACCAGGGCAAUGUGCUGGACAUCAAGUGGAAUCCCUUCAUUGAGAACAUCAUUGCCUCAUGCUCUGAAGACACCUCGGUGAGGAUCUGGGAGAUUCCUGAGGGUGGCCUGAAGAGGAACAUGACUGAGGCUGUGCUGGAGCUCUAUGGGCACAGUCGUCGCGUUGGCCUGGUCGAGUGGCACCCAACGACCAACAACAUCCUCUUCAGUGCUGGCUAUGACUACAAGGUCCUCAUCUGGAACUUGGACAUUGGGGAGCCAGUGAAGAUGAUUGAUUGCCACACAGAUGUCAUCCUCUGCAUGUCCUUCAACACUGAUGGAAGCCUCUUGGCCACCACCUGCAAGGACAAGAAGCUGAGGGUGGUGGAGCCACGCUCCGGCAGGGUCCUGCAGGAGGCCAACUGCAAGAACCACCGAGUCAACAGGGUGGUCUUCCUGGGCAGCACCAAGAGGCUCCUGACCACGGGGGUGUCACGCUGGAACACAAGGCAGAUUGCACUCUGGGACCAGGAAGACCUGUCCAUGCCCCUGAUUGAGGAGGAGAUUGAUGGACUCUCAGGGCUUCUCUUCCCCUUCUAUGAUGCUGACACUCACAUGCUCUACCUGGCUGGAAAGGGUGAUGGGAACAUCCGGUACUAUGAGAUUGGCUCCGAGAAGCCUUACCUGAGCUACCUGAUGGAGUUUCGCUCUCCAGCGCCACAGAAAGGCCUGGGGGUGAUGCCCAAGCAUGGCCUGGACGUGUCAGCCUGUGAGGUCUUUCGCUUCUACAAGCUUAUCACCCUCAAGGGGCUGAUCGAGCCCAUCUCCAUGAUCGUGCCCAGGAGGUCUGAGACAUACCAAGAGGACAUUUACCCGAUGACACCAGGGACAGAACCUGCUCUGACUCCUGAUGAAUGGCUGAGUGGGGUCAACAGAGAUCCCAUCCUGAUGUCACUCAAGGAAGGCUACAAGAGGACAUCCAAAAUUGUCUUCAAGGCCCCAGUGAGGGAGAAGAAAAGUGUGGUGGUUAAUGGCAUUGACCUGCUGGAGAAUGUCCCACCACGGACAGAGAACGAGCUCCUCCGGAUGUUCUUCCGGCAGCAAGAUGAGAUCCGUCGGCUCAAGGACGAGCUGUCGCAGAAGGACAUUCGGAUCCGACAGCUCCAAUUGGAACUAAAGAACUUAAGAAACAGCCCCAAGAACAAUUAACCUCCAAGGACCUUUUCUAGAGGAUCUUCCUCUGUUUCUACUGCUCUU